AAAUCAUCAAUAAAUCAUAAAAACAACCUAAAAAUUUUAACCUCUGAUUUUAACCUAGAAAUUUUAAAUUUUUUGCCAUUUAUUUUUUAUUUCCAAGGAUAAUAUAUUUUUAAUAACUGAUAUAGCAUAUGAAAUGUUGAAAACUACGGUUGAAAUUAUUUUAAGAUCAUUCAAUAGGAAGGGUCUAUCUUCUAGAUACUUAUCAACAGCAGUUCAACCAAGACAUGACGAAAAAUUAGAAACAUUUAGGACUCCUGAAAACGAUCCUUCUAAGCAUAACUCUCAACAUUUAGCACAAUUUUACCGAAUACCGUUGGAAGAUAAAAACGCCCUUUUCCACCAAAGUGCAUUACCAAAAUCAUUCGAAGAACAAACUAAAACAUUUAAUGAGAUAUGUCUUAUGGUGCGUAAACCUGGAAUAGAUAUAAUAAAUUACCUUAAUACCUUAGAUUAUACAAAACCUUCAGUAAGAUUUGUAUUAUAUGGUCAGAAGGGCAGUGGUAAAACUUUAUCUUUAGCACAUAUUUUACAUUAUGCUUAUAGAAAUAAUUACUUACUUGUACAUGUACCUUGGGUGGGAAAUUGGAUGCAUAGGUCUAAGGAGUUUAGCAAUUCAGAAACACAGGAAGGUUAUGUAGACAUUAAUUUAGACGCAGCUGCAUGGCUGCUUCAUUUUAAAACUCAGAAUGUCAAACUUCUGAAGAAUACUGAUUUAAAAUUACUAGAAACUAUCGAAUGGAAUUCACGUGAGUCAACGCUUAAGGACGCCCCACUAUUAGAACUAGUAGAACAUGGUAUUAGUAGAAUCAAAUUUGCAUCACGUGUUGUAAAUAUUUUGGCAGAUCAGAUUAAAAGGUUGUCAAGUGAAGGAGUGUGCAAAACAUUAGUAGCAAUUGAUGGAUAUAAUGCCUUUUUCUACCCUUCUACAAAAGUGUAUACAGAAAAGAGGGAAAUGGUACCACCUAGUAGAAUAACUGUAACAGAAGCAUUUUUAAAUUUGACCAAAUUUGACUGGACGAAUAGUGCAAUUGUAGUUACUGUAGAUGAACUAGCUGUGCCUGAUGAAAAUCAGAUUUCAUAUUUUCCAAGAUAUUUAUUGGGCAAAGAAGGCUUUAAUCAUAUUGAUCCGUUCAUCCCAGUUCCUGUGGCAAAUUACUCCAAAAAGGAAUUAACCAGUGUUAUCAAUUAUUAUAUUGAAAGGAAAUGGAUACAACCAUAUCCAGGACAAGAAGAGGAACUGAGCUUGCUUGCUAAUUCAAAUCCAUACAGUUUAAUGAAAUUAUGUAAUUCUUUGUAAAGAUAAAAUAAAAAUAUUUUAAUUUAUUCAAUAUUAGAUUUAACAUAAUUAUUAUAAAUCUUGAAAUUUUAUAUCUGAACAGUAGGUAAUUAAAAUAUUCAAUUCAUUAUAAAGUAGGUAAUUAAAAAGAUAUUCUACCUAUUCAUGUACACUUCAGUUUAAUAUAAUAAUACUUAAUUA